AUGGAUGAUGAUGAUGAUGAUGAUGCCAUGAUAAUGCCGUCUUCAAAAUUCACAAACAUUAAAAAAAGAAGUGAAGCCGAGAAUGAAUCAACCACAAGUAACUUUAAUGCCACAGACCCAAGAAUAACUGUCAAGCCUAUUGAAAUUUCAAAAACAACAAACAAUGACCAUAAAAUAUCUUUUGAUCUCACAGACUCUGAUUCAGAAUUAACAGAUGCCUCGGCAACUUGUAGAAAAACUUUGGAAAGACUUAAAUCUAGUAUAAUUAAUUUAGAAGCUUCAACAUCAAAGACAUUUAAAGAUAGUACAUUGUUCAAAAGAAUCUGUUCCUUCGAGCCCAGAUUCAGAAUUAUUGAAACCAGCUUUUGACUAUGAUCACACUCAGAGUACCACUACCAGUAAUAAAAAAGGGAAUUUCUCAGAGACAGUUGUGAAUAAAAGUAAGGAUUGUCAUAUUGUCGAUUCUGGUGUGGAAAUGGUGAGGGGAUUUAAAGGGAGUUCAGGAUCAAUACAAGAUGAAGAAGAUGUUCAUUUGGAUGAACCUGUAAAGAAGAAAAAGAGAACAAGGGAACAGGUUGAGGAAAGGAAGCGAGAAUUAGCUAUGGUAGGUGGGCCUAGACCAGGGGAAUUCUUUUGUAAGCAAUUUUUUGGCUUAUACAAGGGGGUUUAUAUAUGGAGAGGGGGGGGGGCUUCUACAUGGACAAUCUUUUGUGUUAGUAAUAAACAAGUCAGUCAUAAACAGAAAAUAAACAUGUAUUAAUAACAUGCUUUGAUUAACAUGGUAAGCUAUAAAGACAAUGACAAUGUUUUUAAAUAGAUAAAAAUACAUUUUUCAUACAACAUUUGUUGCAUCUGACAUUACAAAAUUGCCGACCCGGGAUGUUGACAAGUCUGCAUUUAGGUUUGCAGGGCUGCAAAUUACUGUCAGACAUCGGACAAUGUCCGACUAAAUUUGGCAAAUGUCCGAGCAAAAGUAAUUUUGAUCGGACAUUGGUCAGAUCACAAAAAAAAAUUGUCACACACAUUUUUUUGCUGUGACAAAAUCCGAUUGCAAAUUCACUCAAUUUGCAUUUUGCAAUAAGGCAUUCUAGCAUUUUACUUAACGUUGCGCCAGAAUGGCUAUACAUACUUGUCUCGUGCCUUAUAUAUAUCUUGUGACAUAUAUAUGUCCGACCAAAUUUAGUGAUGUUGGUUUUUGUCCGACCAAAUUCAAGUUAUGUCCGACCAAAAUUAAAAGUGAUCGGACAAAUGUCCUGUCAAGUCAAAUAUUUAUUUGCAGCCCUGGGUUUGCAUUGCCGAAUGCGGACCUAGCUUGUUUUCAAGGGCUGCUUUAUAUGAACAAAAGGAAUGUACGUAUGAUUCUAUAUUACAUACAGUGAAUGUUUGACAAAACAAUUUUAGUUAAAGAAAGCAGCGAAAGAGAAGGAAAGGCAAGAGAAACUCGAGGAAAAGAAACGACAGAAAGAAGGUCGGGCAGCUGCCAUGCAAGAAAAGAAAUUGCAAAAAGAAAAAGAUCAGCUUCAGAAGAAGGUACCAGAUCAACCCAACAGUUCAAUGAUUGCAAACUUUUAA